CCAUCCUAUCGUUUUGCAUUUUGCUCUCGACUUUACGCCUACUCUCAUAUCCACUCGUUGACUCGUUCCGAUCCCGACUAAAACAUGAAGUUCACCCUCAUCUUCGCCUCUCUUCUCGUCUCCGUCUCCGCGCGUCCUUUCCGUCGGGACGUCGAUUCGAGCUUGAUCCCCGAGUUUGGAGCCACCGCUGGUGUUAACCCUGAUGGUACUGGCAACUGCGAUGGCGCUGUGACCGGCUCAGAUGGGAAACCCGUUCAAGUCCCUUGCACCUGCCCUCCCGACCGCGAUCUCUUUAUCGCUGACCUUAACGCAAACGUAGCAGCCGGUCACUGCGUCAAUAAUACCGUCGUCGCCGCUACCUUCCCCACCGACGAUUCUCAAGCCUCCCAAGAAGCACGCAUCAACACCGCGCUCGUCACCUUGCAAAACUUAUUCGGAGCCGGAGUUGGCUGUCCCGCCAGUUCGACGACGUUCUUGGCCCAGCUGAAGGCUGUCCAAGACGGGGCAUCAACUUCGUCUGCUGCUGGCACUUCUUCCUCCUCGUCAGCCGUAGCAGGUAACUCUACGUCUUCCACGUCUGCUGCUGGCACUUCUUCCUCCUCGUCAGCUGUAGCAGGUAACUCUACGUCUUCCACGGCUUCUGCGAAGGCCUCAUCCAAAGUCUCUUCGGCUGCCGCCACCGCCACAAACCCGACUGUGGCGUCUUCUACCUCCGCCGCCGCUUCGAGUGCAGCCGCCGUAGCUGCGCCGUCUUCUUCCUCUACCGCCAGUGCCUCUGAGGUGGCGUCGCUUGCUCCCGAUCUUGGUGCGACCGCGGGUAACAACCCUGAUGGAACUGGAAACUGUGACGGCGCGGUCGAUGGCACAGAUGGAAAGCCGAUCCUGGUUCCCUGUUCUUGCCCGCCUGACAACGCGACCUACAUCGCCUCGCUCCAGGCGAACGUAGCCGCGGGCUUCGCAGUUAACAACACCGCCGUCGCCGUUCAGUUCCCUACGGACGAUUCGAGCGCGUCGCUUGCUACGAGGAUCAACGCUGCGUUGGUGACGUUGCAGAACCUGGAGGGGUCGGGCAAGGGAUGUCCGGCGAGUUCGACGACUUUGCUGGCCCAACUGAAGUCCGCUCAGUCCGCUGCGUAAAGGGUUCUAGACGACUUUGCGACCUCCUUUCAAUACCCCCCUCGCACGGGCCACACAUACACGGGACACCAUCAUAUCACCACACACGAAUACCAACACACGAGGGUCUCUACAUCCACUUCAUCAUUCAACAUUCGGGUUUCGGUUCUUUCUCGAGUCAAGCUCGU